GUUUGUUUUUGAUUGGUUGAAAAUUUUCACAAAAAUCCAUCUAGAUCUGAAGUUUCUCAGACACAGUAUCAUUGAAAAUUAAAUGAAGUUUGACCAAUAAAUUCAGUUUAUAACAUAGAGCAAGAUGGCUCGAUUGACACGCGAGGUGUGUGUUUUAAGUGCCUUAUUGGUGCUAGUGACUUCAGCGGUGAAUGUGUAUGCCGAGAGCGAAGACUUUGAUGGAGUCACCGUAGAGGUUGAAGAAGAGGACCAGUACCGUAGCCCAUCCAUAGAUUCAAAAAGCAUUUACUUAGCAGAGCAUUUUGAUGAUGAGAGUGCAUUUAAGAAAAAAUGGGUGAAAUCUGAGGCAAAGAAACAGGGUGUUGAUGAAAAUAUUGCUAAAUAUGAUGGUAAAUGGGAGAUCCAAGCACCUUCCCGCAAGAUUCUGCGUGACGACCUGGGUCUUGUGUUGACGACAGAAGCAAAGCAUGCUGCCAUAUCUGCUCUCCUCGACAGGCCUUUCGAAUUCAAGGACAAACCGCUUAUUGUGCAGUAUGAAGUUACCAUGCAGGAGGGCCAGAACUGCGGCGGAGCGUACAUAAAGCUGCUCUCGCGCGGCGCCAACACCAAGGCGGAGCUGCGCAAGUUCUUCGACCAGACGCCGUACACCAUCAUGUUCGGCCCCGACAAGUGCGGCAACGACAACAAGCUGCACUUCAUCUUCAGGCACAGGAACCCCAAGAACGGAUCCAUUGAGGAGAAACACAGCAAGAAGCCCACCCAACGCCUAGAGGACAUCUACAAGGACAAGGAGCCCCACCUGUACACGCUGGUGGUGCGGCCCGACAACACGUUCAGCGUGUACGUGGACCAUAAGGAAGUGAACGCCGGCUCGCUGCUCGAGGACUUCACGCCGCCCGUCAACCCGCCCCAGACCAUCGACGACCCUAACGACAAGAAGCCUGAGGACUGGGACGAGAGGGAGAAGAUCGUGGACCCGGCGGCCACUAAGCCCGAUGACUGGGACGAGUCUGCGCCGGCGCAGAUCCCCGACCCCGCCGCCUCCAAGCCCGACGGCUGGCUCGACGACCAGCCCGAGAUGAUCCCUGACCCGGACGCGCAGAAGCCUUCGGACUGGGACGAGGACAUGGACGGGGAGUGGGAGGCGCCGCUCGUGGACAACCCGCUCUGCACCGUCGGCUGCGGCGCGUGGAAACACCCCAUGAUCCCCAACCCCGCUUACAAGGGCAUCUGGCGAGCGCCGCUGAUCCCGAACCCCAACUAUAAGGGCAAGUGGGCGCCGCGCAAGAUCCCCAACCCGGACUACUUCCACGACGACCAGCCCUUCCGCAUGACUCCCAUCCACUCGGUGGGCUUCGAGCUGUGGUCGAUGUCGCCGGCGCUGCUGUUCGACAACCUGCUGGUGGCGGACGACGAGGCCGCCGCCGCCGACUGGGCGCGCCAGACCUUCGACCUCAAGCGGGCCAAGCUCUCCAGGGACUCGGAGUCGGUGGUGGAGCGCGCGCUGCAGUACCUGGCCGCCAACCCGUGGCUGUACGCCGUGCUCGUGGUGGUCGCCUUCCUCGUGGUCGCCACCGUCGCCUACUGCUGCUGCACCGACUCCAAGGGUUCAGAUGACCUGAAGAAGACGGACGGCGUUACGGAGGACGACCCGCACGACGAGCCGCAGCCGCCGCGCCGCAAGACCGCGCUCGACGCCGAGCCCGACCACGAACCCGAGCCGGAACCCGAGCAAGAACCCGAGCAGGAACCCGAGCAGGAACAAGAGCCCGAACCCGAGGAAGUUGCUGAGACAACACCUCUAGUGGACACAGAGGGCGCCGGCGACGGCCAGCGGAAACGGAAACCACGCAAGGAGUGAGCGAGACGGAGAAACACCGACGGGUUGCAACCGAAUCUUAUCGGUCGAGCAAAACCGGUUGUAA